CCAUUUCAACAGUUUCCAACAUCUAGGAGGAAGAAAUUAAAGCUUGUCUGUGAAUACAAGAAAGAGCUGUUCAAACUCAGUUCAAACUCUCAGCAUGGCAAAGACAGAAGGCAUUAAAAGAAAGUUGAAACCAGUGAUAGAAAAGAAGAGGAGAGAUCGAAUCAACUACAAUCUAGAGGCGUUGAGAGAUCUGCUUUAUAAGAACACUGCAGACACACGUUUACAAAGUCAUAAACUGGAAAAGGCAGAGAUUUUAGACCUUGCAGUUCAGUACAUCAGAAAGACAACAAGAAAGAUGAAGACAAAAGGAACGUCUAAUGAAAUGGAUUCAAAGGCUACUAUGAAUCAGUCUGUUUCUGUGGGCACCACAGCCUAUGUAUUAGACCUCAAUGGGAGAUUUAACCCAUCUGAGCAGAAGGCAGCUUUUCCGAAACUGGGGGACAAUCUUGAAAACAACCUAACUGGUGCUUCCAGAGUAGAAAUUGAACCAGCAGCUCAGACAGGCAUCUCAAAGGCAAAUAUUUAUUUGUCACCAUCAGGCAAAAACUACCCUCGAGAACUUCUCGUACACCCUGGAUUGUCUUUGUGUAACUCUAAACUUUUAUAUCAAACAACUUGCCCCCACAAUUCCACAUCAUCACACUAUAAUUCUCCUCCAUCAUCUCCCACCUUUACCAGUGUGUCCUGCUCUCUCAGUAAAUCUCCUACAUAUAUUUCCACAUCUUGUCCCCUAUCUCUCCCUCUCUCUUUGCCUCCCCGUCCUGACACACUGUCUUCUCUUAAAACAACAUCAGUUUCACUUCACAGGCCGGUGUCUCUGUCUCAGCCCUUUCUGCCCCACAUCGCUAAAGAUUUUACCCCACCGCAGUCACCUGUCCUUAGACAGGAACCCUUCCCUCUCCAGGUCCAGUCCACAUGGAGACCAUGGAGCUGAACUAUUACCAUGAACCACUUUAGGUUAUUAACUUUAUUUAGGCACUGGCUCCAAUGGAGAAAUAAUCAGGGUCUCUCAGAGGCAUCUUAUGGACAUAUGGUGUGACCAAUUGCCACUUAGGUUUACCUCUAGUUAGUAUUAAUCUUGUCAUGUUUAUCAAUGACAUUUUUAGUUCACUUGAUUAUUUAUUGUUUUGUCCAAUGUUUGUUCAUUGUAACCUGUAA